CUAUGAUGUUAGGUUAGGUUAAUUCCUCAGGGAUUUGAUCCUUUCUGAGAAAUUAGGUUGUGGUGAUUUAACUAUACCUGCAUUUGGUUUCCUUGUCGAGGGUAUGCUUGUCGAUGAACAAAAUUCUUUGUCAACUAUGGAUCCUUCUUCUACAGUCGCUGAUAACCAAAGCAUGGCUUCAUCCAUUGAUGCAAUUUCGCAUCAAGCAUUUCAACCACUUGUAGCGCCAGGGGGUUUACCUGCUCCAGGUGCUCCACCUCUGGCACCUCUCCCUGUUCGACCGCCGGCACUUCAGCCUUCCUCAUCGGCGCAGAACGGAGAUGCACAAGCUAUGGACUCAGAUUCUGACCAUGAUGACCCAGACGCAGGAAUGGUUGAGCGUGCUCAAGAAUACCAGAUAUCUGAAGAGAGCAGACUGGUUAGAGAAAGACAAGAAAAAGCCAUGCAGGAGCUUCUGUUGAAGCGAAGAGCUGCUGCUCUGGCUGUCCCCACGAACGACAUGGCUGUCCGGGCUCGUCUUCGCCGGCUCGGUGAGCCCAUAACUUUUUUUGGGGAAAGGGAAAUGGAGAGAAGGGACAGACUCAGGGUACUUAUGGCGAGACUUGAUUCAGAAGGGCAUCUGGAAAGGCUGAUGAAAGCUCAUGAGGAUGAAGAAGCUUUUUUUGCUUCUGCUGGACACACUGAAGAUGAAGAUGAGAUUCAAUACCCGUUUUAUACUGAAGGAUCGAAAGCCCUUUUAGAGUCUCGUUUGGAGAUUGCAAAGUAUUCUAUUGUGAAGUCAGCUUUGCGUCUUGAUCGUGCUAGGAGAAAAACGGAUGACCCUGAUGAAGAUGUGGACGCUGAAGUGGAUUCGGCUCUAAACCAGGCAGGAACUCUAGUUCUUGAUUGCAGCGAGAUUGGAGAUGACCGUCCGCUUUCUGGUUGCUCACUAUCACAUGAUGGUGAGAUGCUUGCUACCUGUUCUCUGAGUGGAGUAGCAAAGCUAUGGAGCAUGCCUCAUGUAAAGAAGGUUUCUACCCUUAAGGGACAUAACGAGAGAGCUACUGAUGUUGCAUUCUCUCCAACAUGCAAUCAUCUAGCAACGGCCUCUGCUGACCGGACAGCAAGGUUGUGGAACACAGAAGGGUCUCCUUUGAGGACUUUUGAGGGGCAUUUGGAUCGUCUAGCACGGAUUGCCUUCCAUCCAAGUGGAAAAUACUUGGGCACCACUAGCUUUGACAAGACAUGGCGUUUAUGGGAUGUGGAAACCGGUGAAGAGUUGCUUCUUCAGGAAGGACACAGUAGGAGUGUGUAUGGACUGUCUUUUCACCAUGAUGGCUCCUUGGCUGCAUCUUGUGGACUAGACUCACUUGCUCGUGUUUGGGAUCUUAGGUCGGGAAGAAGUGUUCUUGCUUUUGAAGGCCAUGUUAAACCUGUUCUUGGUAUCAGUUUUUCUCCGAAUGGGUACCAUUUAGCUACUGGUGGUGAAGACAAUACUUGCCGAAUUUGGGACUUGAGGAAGAGAAAAUCUCUCUACACUAUACCUGCCCACUCAAAUCUCAUCUCUCAAGUUAAAUUUGAACCCCAAGAAGGAUACUUCUUGGUGACUGCUUCAUAUGAUAUGACCGCUAAGGUGUGGUCAUCAAGAGACUUUAAGCCUGUUAAGACACUAACUGGACACGAAGCCAAAGUUACCUCUUUGGAUGUAAUAGCAGAUGGACAAUUCAUUGCUACAGUUUCACAUGACCGGACGAUCAAGCUAUGGUCCAGCAAAAGCGAUCAAAAAGAGAAGGAAAUGGGUAAUGAUUAGUAGUUUAGUAGAUUUUGCAGUAGAUACAGGACAAAAAAGAAGUCUCAAAUGUAUUUUCAUUGACCGGCUUAUAGAAUUUUCAUGGGCUAUAACUACCUGAUUUGCAUCCUCCUCGGUCCUCGCCCUCAGAUAGGGACGGGGAAGGUGGGGGUGGGGGUUCAAAUUGAACAAUUUGCACGUGUAAAAUUGAGCUUGUGGAUUAUGUUAAGGGGUUGUUUACUUUUUUUUCAUUAAGUCUGGAUUAAGUGAUAGUGGGAUGACAAGCUAUUUACUUUUAGUGCUUAAUGUGUAGUCUGAAUUAGAUCAAGUGACUAAUUACCCUUCUAUCUGUAAUAGGUGUUGAACAUAUAUUAUGUGUUUACAUUUGUUGUUUUGAACGAUAUUUCGAGUGCAGAAAAAAUAUUAUAAUAUGAUAUUACU